UUUUGAUCAGCGACUUGAGCUACAAUCUAAUUCCAAAGUCACAAAGUACCUUUUUCUCUCCUAGUAAAUACCUUUACAAACUCAUCUCUCCACCUCCACAUCAAGUUAGAUAACAGCACCAGCUGCGCCACUAACAAUAUGGGUAGAGCACCUUGCUGUGAUAAAAAUGGACUCAAGAAAGGUCCAUGGACAACCGAAGAAGAUGCCAUGCUCGUCAAUUAUAUUCAGAAGCAUGGACCUGGAAAUUGGCGAAACCUUCCAAAGAAUGCAGGACUGCAGAGAUGCGGGAAGAGUUGCCGCCUUAGAUGGACUAACUACCUGAGACCAGAUAUAAAGAGAGGAAGGUUCUCCUUUGAGGAAGAAGAGACUAUAAUCCAACUACACAGCAUUCUUGGAAACAAAUGGUCAGGUAUUGCAGCUCGCUUGCCAGGAAGGACGGACAAUGAAAUCAAGAACUACUGGAACACUCACAUCCGAAAAAGGCUCCUCCGAAUGGGAAUCGAUCCAGUGACUCAUGCUCCACGCAUCGAUCUUCUUGAUCUGUCCUCAAUUCUCAGCUCAUAUGUGUGCAACAAUCCAGUUGCUGCACUUCUCAAUUUAUCGAACUUGUUGAAUAGUACACAGCAGCAGCAACCACUUGUUAAUCCAGAACUGUUGAGGCUAGCAACAAGUCUGCUAUCGAUCAAACAAGAAAACCCGGAAUUGUGUCCCCAAAAUUAUUCUCCCCUUCAAAACCAGAUUUGCAGUUCUCAGGAACAAAAUAAUCAAGUUCUCCCACCUUUACAAUCCAAUGAUCAGUUCCAAAAUCUCAUCCAAGGAGGAGACUUUUCUGCUGACAUGGCAAAACAUCUGAUGCAACAGAUAAAUGUGGAAGGCUAUUCGCCAAACAUGAACAACUUGAGCUGCUCCCUUUCCCAAGAAAAUAUAGUCCCUUCGAAUUUAAGCAACGAUCAUCAUCAAACAGCUGUUUCCCAACCAAACUAUGUGCCUUGCAGUACUACUUCUAGUAGCCCCAAUCCUGAUUUUCCGGAAAAUUCAUAUUUCCAAUCAUUAAACUACAACAAGAACCAUGAUUUCAGCUUCGAUUCUGUUAUGUCAACGCCUUAUUCAAGCCCGACUCUUUUGAAUUCAUCAGGCACAUACAUAAACAGCAGCACAGAGGAUGAGAAGGAAAGCUACUGCAGCAGCUGGUUAAAGUUUGAAAUCCCAGAGAGUACUUUGGACAUUAGUGAUAUCAUGUAGAAUCUCUUGGUCUCGUAUGCUCAAUAAUCUUGUACUUUGUGCUUGUAGUUUUUUAUGCUCUUGUAGUUGAUGUUGAUACUGAGAUUCUUUUUCAUUGUUUUAAUUUACA